UCAAGUCUUCUAAGAAGCGAAGCCAUUUUGUUGUUUUGUUCUUUGUGGGAGAUUCUCGAAAUUGUUUGGGAGUUCAGUCUCUUUAGACUUUUUUUUUAUUUUGAGAUUGCUAAACAAUAAAUAUGAGUGAUCGUGAGAAUAGCCCUGAUGCUGUUGGAAAUAGUUCAGAAAGGCAGUCUCUAGAAGAAAAAACCCCAUCUGCUGAAGGAUCCCCUUCGCCGCAGGAAGUAGAGGAAGAGCGAAGAACUCACAGCCGGAGCCGCAGUCGUUCCCGAUCACAUUCGUUUAGAAGACGGCGAUCGUACUCAAGGUCUAGUAGAAACAAUGAAAAUCCUGAUGAAGUUGAAAAUGAACAUCAAAGAAGCCAUUCCAGAGGCGGCAGCCAUCGAUACAGGCACUACAGUAAAUCAAGAUCUCGUUCUCCUAGACAUCGUAGAUACUCCAGAAGCCGUAGCAGAAGCCGUUCAUAUUCUCCUCGACGUUCAUACUCACCACAAUACAGCCCUAGACACUCAUACUAUGAUGAUAGGUAUUAUAAAUAUGGUGGUGGAAAAGGAGGUGGAGGAGGAGGUCGUUAUUCUUCUAGAUAUAAUAGAUCACCCAUGUCUAGUCGAAGAAGACACGUUGGAAACAGGCAGGACAACCCGGAACCAAGUAGAUGUCUUGGCGUUUUUGGACUCAGCUUAUAUACGCAAGAACGAGAACUUCGAGAGGUGUUCGGAAAAUAUGGUCCCAUCGAAGAUGUUCAAGUGGUUUAUGAUGCUCAGAGUGGAAGAUCAAGAGGAUUUGCUUUUGUUUAUUUUGAAGAAACAGAUGAUGCAAAAAUGGCAAAAGAGCGUUGCAAUGGCCAGGAAAUAGAUGGGCGAAAAAUAAGAGUAGAUUUUUCAAUUACAAAAAGAGCUCAUACUCCAACUCCUGGAAUAUACAUGGGGAAACCCACAUAUCCCAAAUUUGCUGGCCAUAGAGAUGGAGGAGGAAGUUACAGAGGUCAUUCACCCUCACCAUAUUAUAGCAGCAAGCAUAGAUACUCUAGAUCAAGAUCUCGCUCCUAUUCUCCCCGUAAGUACGGGUACUACUGAUGGACUUAGGGAGAGAACUGACAUGCAUUAUCUCAUAAACAUAUUUAGAUUAGAUGUCAGGCUAAUGGCCAUUUGAUAAUGUACUUUUCAUUUAACUAGCAUUGUUGUAUUCACUGUGAUUGUUCCAUUUUACUUUUUUUUCCAGUUUAAUAGUGUGUACAUAUAUGCAAAUUCAUUCAGAUAAACUCAUUUUAAAAUGUAUUAUGCUAUAGUCCAUGCAAUUUAAAUUUGUAUUUUUGUUUCAUUGCAUAAUGUUGGUGUAGGAACUUGUUUAUUUUUUAUUGUUAUUUGUGUAAUGAACAAGAUUUAUCUUUCACUUGACUAAAUAAAGU